CCGCCCGUCACCUGCAAACGACAUCAGACCAGCCCACACGAGCAAGAGAGCUUAACCCCGCGUCUGACGAAUAGGGUUAGAUAUCUGAGGGCAGUGGACUGGUACAGUAUAAUCAAACUCGUUUCAGUUGCGAUAUUUAGGAUACGGUAGGCUAUAGCCUAGAUGUUUUCUGAGUUAGCCUUAACGUUUGAAUAAGCCUGAAAGAGAAAACUUUCUCGCUAACUACAGUCAUGAGUCGAGUAGUAGAUGUGAGUCUGAAAUCACACAAAAUGGGUUUGGAGGAGGAUUUCUAUUCGUUUGAUUUUGACAACGAAGAGAUACCUGUGUAUCAGAACCAGGACGAAAUACUGGCUGCUCUGAGGCAGAAAGAGGAAGAGGUUAUUUUGGCAGCGCAACUGGGGAACGCACUACUUUUGGAGAAUCGUCAGCUAAAAGAGGAGGCUGACAAACUGCACGAGCAGUACACGGACAAACUGGAGGUUCUGGAGCAGGGCCGGCAUGAGCUGCGUCUGAAACUGGAGGGCUGUCAGGCGCAGUGGGAGGGUCAGGUGUCGGAGCUGGAGGGCGACGUCAGGGAGCUGAGCGGCCAGGCCCAGCAGCUCCGCAUGCAGCUCAGCCAGGAGCAGCGGGACCGCCGCCGCGACCAGCAGGAGCACAGCGAACUCAGCCAGCACCUCCGCCAGCAGCUGCAGGACGCGAUGGAGACAGAGCGUGCACUGAGCGCAGAGCUUCAGACACUGAGGCAGGAGGUGAGGGAGAGUGGACACUCCAGACCCCAGGACGAGGAGCUACUCAGUGCCAUGAGAGAGCAGGUGGCGCGUCUGAAUGAGAAGGAGCGGACUUUGGAGCAGCGUCUGCAGUGUGUGUGUGAAGAGAACUCGGAGCUAAAGGGAAACCUGAGCUCGUUACACACACGCCUCGCACUACACGAACAACAGAGCCAGCAGCACAUUCAACAGCUGGCAGAGGCGUGGCGUGAGGUGGAGGUGGCGCGGGGUCGGACUCAGGAGCUGCAGAGCCAGGUGGAGGCGCUGCAGGAGGAGGCGUCCAUGCAGGAGGGUAGCCAUGGCAACGCAUCGCUUCUCUCUGAGCUGGAGCUCAGUCUAGACACCCUGGGCCUCGGCACAGACAGAGAACAGCUCACACAGGAAGUUGAGUCCAUCCUGAGGCUUCUACUUCCUCUAACGCAAAACCCCCAGGAGGUGGGUGGCGGGCAGAAUGACCUGCAGGGCAUGGUGGCACAGCUGAAGAACCUGGCUCAGGAGCUCACACAACAACACUCAUCGCAGCAGCAGCUCAGUGGCUCCAUUGUGGAGGUGGGGAGUGACCAGUCUGAGAGCCCGGCCCAGAUACAGGACCUCAAGGAUCAGGUGUGUGUGCUGCAGGAGGAGAAUUGUGAACUGAGGUUGCUGUCGGAGUGCUGCAGGGUGGAGGAGGAGCACCUCCACCAGGCCAUCAGAGACCGAGAUGAGGCCAUAUCAAAGAAGACACUGAUGGAGGCAGAGCUUGUGCGUAGCAAGAACGACAUGAUGAGUCUGAAUAACCAGCUGCUGGAGGCCAUUCAGAGGAAGCUGGAGCUCUCACAGGAGCUGGAGGCAUGGCAGGAUGAUAUCCAGGUGAUUCUUAACCAGCAGCUCCGAACUCAGCAGCAGUGUGAUCAGAGCCAGAGGAAGCCUGUGGCGUCUCACCCCCUCUCCUUCCUGCGUCGCUCCCGUCGCCUCUCCAACGCGCCAGUCUGCGUCUCCCAGACAACCACCACCACCGACCGCAACGGACCCUCGCCCUGGAGGGACUGGCUCAAGAGGGGCAAAUGAGCUGCACUAACUGCCCCCGCCCCAUCUUAAACCUGAACAAGUACCCCAGGGGCAAGUCAGCUACAAUUCCUACCCCCUCAUAAACUUGCGACUACACCAGGGGUAAGUGAACGGCUCCAAUUGCCCCCUACUAGAUGAACACUAGAUGAACUGUACCCAGGACAAAUGAGCCGUAUUACCUGCCCCCACACAAACUACACAGACUGUACCAGGGGUAAGUAGGCAGCCCCAUCUGCCCCCAAGAAGACGAGAAAAAGUGCACCAGGGG